AUGCCAAACAAAAAGAGGAACAAGGCUGGUCCAAACUUCACUUUUGGUUUCGACUGCUGCCUGCACCUUGUUUACAUGAUGGAUGGCUAUGUUAUAUCAUCUGCUUCAGAGGAGGUUAUUGCAAAUGAGGCAGAGAACUAUCGACCGUCUGUGGAGCUGUACCCUUACCUCACCGGCGUGGGGGAGAUUUGCGAUGUAAAGAUCCCAUAUUACACCUCACCCCUGUGCUACCAGUACCCGCCUUCGGCCUCACCUGGACAGUACUACUCAGAGGAGGACCAGAGAGGAAUCAGUCCACCACUUGAGGUAUCAGAGGGCGAGGAUGAAUAUGAAGGUCAUAACCCUUCUUCCUUCAGGAGAGACACUAACAACAAGAAGAAAAUCCGUCUGUACCAGUUCCUCCUGGACAUGCUAAGAAACGGCGACAUGAGUGAGAGUAUCUGGUGGGUGGACCAGGACAAGGGCAUCUUCCAGUUCUCCACCAAACACAAGGAAGCCCUGGCGAACCACUGGGGUAUUCAGAAAGGAAACCGCAAAAAAAUGACCUACCAGAAAAUGGCUCGAGCUCUGAGAAACUAUGGUAAAACCGGAGAGAUUAAAAAAGUGAAGAAGAAGCUAACCUACCAGUUCAGUGAGAAUGUGUUGAGAAACUUAUAUUCACGUCAGUACCCUCAAUGACAAGGGAACAAACGCUGUCUUUAAUCAUGCUAAACUACUCAAAUUUUCUCUGUAGAUUUACAAUUUCAGUUUGUUUUUCUACCAUGUUUCCUUCCUUAUUUAUUUGUAAUCUGUGACAUUUGCUAAUGUCUAUAUAAACAGCUUAAUUUUAAACUCAAAUUAUGGGUGAAUAAGAACAAAACUAAGAGUAAAAGAUCAGUGACAGCUGCAAAUAAAUGUUUUAAAAAUGCAUAUUGUAAUUUUCUGAAUGCUGUAAAUAAAUAUAAUGCUCUGCUAUUUUUGUCAAAUUA